CCUGAUUUAGUCCGAGAGAAGGAGAGCCGCUUCGGCGCUGCGACGGGACUCUAGUCUCUUUCCUGCUUUCUGCUCCCUGUUCCGGCAUCGAAACGCGACACUAUUCACUAUUUUUUUUUAUUUCUUCUUCUUCCUCCCAGUGGAGGUUGAGUGGAAUGAAGAUUAGGAGAAGGCUCUGAGCGGCCGGAGGAGAGGAGACAGUGUGGGCCGGUGCCAACGGGGCAGACGGUCUGCGCUCCCGGUGCGUCUCUGCGGCGGGACGUCACAGACAGCCAGCUCUCUGCUGCUGCUGCAUGUCUCCUGGGAUCUAACACCACAGCGGCGAGAUGGAUCUGAAGCUGAUCUUGAUAGCGUUCGUCGGACUCUUUUAUAGCUCCUACUCUCAGAAAGAGGGGAAUGAGUGCAUUAGCGCCAACGCCAAAUACUGCGGAGAGUGCAUCCAGGCUGGAGCCAAAUGCGGCUGGUGUAGCGACCCGAACUUCCUUAAACAGGGCGAGACCGUGUCGAGCCGAUGCGACGAGCUGCAGUCCCUGGUAAAGAGGGGCUGCAACAAGACGUUCAUCGAGAACCCCGUUGGAAGACGGAAAAUCGUCAAGAACACGGAGGUGACCGAUCGCAACAAAGCACCAAAGAAUUUGAAACCGGAGGACAUCACUCAGGUCCAGCCCCAGAAAGUCCGCCUCACUCUCCGCUCGGGGGAGCCCCAGGCUUUUGAACUGAAGUUUAAGCGGGCUGAAGAUUACCCCAUCGACCUGUACUACUUGAUGGACCUGUCCUUCUCGAUGAAGGAUGACCUGGAGAACGUGAAGAACCUGGGGACCAGUCUGAUGAAGGAGAUGUCAAAGAUCACCUCUGACUUCAGGAUAGGGUUCGGGUCCUUUGUGGAAAAGACAGUCAUGCCGUACAUCAGCACCACUCCAGCCAAGCUGCUCAAUCCAUGCACGGGCGAUCAGAACUGCACCAGCCCGUUCAGCUACAAGAACGUGCUGCCGCUGACCAGCGACGGCUCCAGGUUCAACAACCUGGUGGGCGUGCAGCAGAUCUCGGGGAACCUGGACUCCCCUGAGGGCGGCUUCGAUGCCAUCAUGCAAGUGGCCGUGUGCGGGGAGCAGAUUGGCUGGAGGAACGUAACUCGUCUGCUGGUGUUUUCCACCGACGCUGGAUUUCAUUUUGCCGGAGACGGCAAGCUGGGUGGCAUUGUUCUCCCCAACGACGGGAAAUGCCACCUGGAGAACAACAUUUACACAAUGAGCCACUACUAUGACUAUCCCUCGAUCGCUCACCUGGUUCAGAAGCUGAGCGACAACAACAUUCAGACCAUUUUCGCCGUCACAGAGGAGUUCCAGCCCGUUUACCAGGAACUGAAAAAUCUGAUACCAAAGUCUGCAGUAGGCACCCUGUCUGCCAACUCAAGCAACGUCAUCAACCUCAUCAUAGACGCUUAUAAUUCUCUUUCUUCUGAAGUGAUUCUGGAGAAUAGCAAGCUUCCAGAGGGAGUGACCAUAGCGUACACGUCCCGCUGUAAGAACGGAGUCACCAAUAAGGGCGAAAACGGAAGGAAGUGCUCCAAUAUCUCCAUCGGCGAUGAGGUCCAUUUUAACAUCAGCAUCACCUCUAAGGGUUGUCCAAAACAAGGCAAGCCUGAGGUCAUCAAAGUAAAGCCCCUGGGCUUCACAGAGGAGGUGGAGAUUACCCUCAACUUCAUCUGCGAGUGUGACUGCCACAGCAAAGGCAUCAAGAACAGCCCGGACUGCCACUUUGGCAACGGGACCUACGAGUGCGGCGCCUGCAGGUGCAACGAGGGCCGCGUGGGCAGGAACUGCGAGUGCAGCAGCAACGACGUGGCCACGGAGGACAUGGACCAGACCUGCCGCAAAGACAACGGCACGGACAUCUGCAGCAACAACGGAGAGUGCGUGUGCGGCACGUGUGAGUGCAACAAACGGGAGAACCCCGAGGAGAGGUACAGCGGCCAGUUCUGCGAGUGUGACAACUUCAACUGUGACCGCUCUGGAGGCAAGCUCUGUGGAGGGCACGGACGCUGCGAGUGCAGGAAGUGCAUCUGUGACCCCGGCUGGAAUGGGACCGCCUGCGACUGUUCCCUGGAUGAGAGCACGUGCUUGGCCAAGAACAAGCAGAUCUGCAACGGCCGAGGAAGGUGCGAAUGCGGCGCCUGCAAGUGCGACGACCCCAAGUUCCAGGGCGCGACGUGCGAGACGUGUCCCACCUGUCCCGGAGUCUGCGCCGAAUACAAAGAUUGCGUGGAGUGCCGGGCGUUUGGCACUGGCGAGAAGAAAGAAACGUGUGAGAAGGAAUGCAACGACUUCACUCUAACCAAAGUGCCGACCAGGGACAAGCUGCCCCAGCCCAACAGUGAACCCUACCCUGUCAUGCACUGCAAGGAGAGGGACGCCAACGACUGCUGGUUCUACUACACCUACGCCGUCACUAACAGCACGGAAAAGGUGGUCCACGUGGUGGAGGAGCCGGAAUGCCCCACCGGCCCGGACAUCAUCCCGAUCGUAGCAGGCGUGGUCGCCGGCAUCGUUCUGAUCGGCUUAGCCCUCCUGCUCAUCUGGAAGCUGCUGAUGAUUAUCCACGACAGGAGAGAGUUUGCCAAGUUCGAGAAGGAGAAGAUGAACGCCAAGUGGGAUACGCAAGAAAACCCAAUUUACAAGAGUCCAAUCAAUCAGUUCCAGAACCCAAACUAUGGACGUAAAGGCGCUGUCCUUUGAGGUGAAAAUCCAAUCUACAAAAGCGCCGUCACGACCGUGGUCAACCCUAAAUACGAAGGCAAAUGAUGGCCUCGUGAAACUUGUUGAACUCUGACGUCAACUAUCCGACAGCUGUAGUUAUUUCCCGUUGGUUCAGCGUCCGACGGGAGCAGAGGGGGGCGGGAAACGUGUGCAUUUGUCUUGUCGCUUCACCAUAGCAUUGUAUCACUUUGGCCACGGCGUCUGUUAUUUUUACUACCACGUACGAUUUAUACCCAUGUGUUGUAUUUGUGAUGUACUGUAUAUGGUCUGUGUACAUACGUCGGGGGCUGCAUACACGCAGAAAGCCAAGUUGGCUCUGUUUGUCUGCUGGAGGACUGAUCGUGUCGGGAUGUGGAGCCGACGGAUCUGGGACGUAGAUGAAGACUUCUCCGCUUGCGCAAUUUCUCCACGGCCCUCCUGUUUAAUCACCUCACUUGUGAGCUGUAGCUGCACGUCGUGUCACCUCUGUUUGUGUAUAUUUAGAGAACAAUCGCAAUAAGACGUUGUGAACCGUGUCGAGCGGCGUUCGGUGUAAGUCGGCCGGUUGCAGGGAAACGGCGGGCAAUGCGGUGCUUGGAAACGUGGCUUUGGAAUUUAGAUCUGAUUCCCGAUUUUACCGCACUGUUACAGAGCGUUGGUCUAAAAUGAAGGAGUCAAGGCAAAGACAAACAUGUAGUAUUUUAUUUGUGGUGUGGAGGCAGCGUGCCUUCAUUAAGGGAUUGCAUACCACUUGCUAACACGAUGAAGUCACAGCAGCGCUGAAUAAUCGAAGGAUUUCCUCAUAGUAUGACAAUCUAAUCAGACGUUUUUCUGCAUUUACUUUAAUCCUCAGGUCCUACAUGUGUUCAUGUCAAGUACACCAAAUCCCUGUUUGCUUUUUUUUUGCGCUAGCUGUGACAUCGCUCACGCUGGAUGACCGAAGACGUCGCGCGGAUCAACCUCAGAAACGUGCUCGCACCCAGAUGCCUCUAAACGAUCACACUCAAGCCUUUUUACAACAUUGCUUUCAAAGUGCCUUGUUUAUUGUGUUACCAUGUUCUCCCCCAGUGCUGUUCACGAGAUAUUUAUUAAAUACCAAGAAAAAAAAAAAGAAAAAAAAAA